UUUAAAAAUUUAAAUUCGAAAAUAGAAAAAUAAAAAUGAAAACGAAGAUGGGUAGAGAUUGGAGAGAGAGGGAGCUUCUGAGAAUCUUCAAUCAGCCAAGCAUCAAAUGCAUUGUUAAAUUAUUUAAUUUAAUAUUCUCGUCCGUGAUUUUAUUUUCUCUUCUUCAUUUUUCGUAGUUUGUGUUUAUGGGUUUUUCUUUCUUCUUGUGAUCUCAGAUUCUGAGGAUUCUUCUCUUUUCUGUUCCUUCCCCUUUUCUUUUCUCCAGUGAUUUUCUCUCUCCCCAAACACGCCAGUUAAGGUAUCUCACGCUUCCUUUUUGCAUCCCUUUCGGACUUUUCCCCGUCACUCGAAUCCGACUCUCAGGUACGUUUCUAUUCUGUUGAUAAUUGGCGAAUUUGAAUUCCUUUUCGAGCUAUUCUUUUCACGAAUUUUCGUUUCGGUUUCGACGAAUUGGUUGCGGAUCUGUCUUUUUGCGAUGAGAUUUUAUGAUGUUUUUGUUGUUCGAUCAUUACGAAAUCGGUGUUCGUAUAAUUUUCUCAGUUAUUCUCCAAUGAAUAUAGCGUACGGUUGAUUGAUUUUCGAAUAUGAGGAUCCAUUUCCUAGGGCUUGUUGUUGGAGUUCGAGCUCUCGAAGGUUAACGGACAUGGCAGAAGAGCACAGAUUCCAGGCUCCGCGUUUGUGCGCCAACAACUGCGGCUUCUUCGGCAGCCCUGCGACAUAAAGCCUCUGCUCCAAAUGCUUCUGCGAUCUCCAGAUCAAACAGCAAAAUUCCUCCCCCAAACUCGCCCAUUACCAAACCCUAGUCUCCACCUCCGCGUCCACGCCUUCCAUCUUGGCCGUGGACUCGACGGCGGUCAAGGUUAGCCGAUCGAAAUCGGAGGAUCCGACGGCGGUGACUCAGCCGCAGCCUCAGCAGGACCCGGACCGGUGGUCGAGUUGCCGGCGGCGUGUGGGGCUCACGGGGUUCUAGUGCAGGUGCGGGUUCGUGUACUGUGGAUCCCACAUGUACCCUGAGCAGCACCGUUGCUGCUCCGAUUUCAAGGGCUUGGGUAAGGAGCAGAUCGCGAAGGCCAAUCCCGUCGUCAAAGCCCAGAAACUGGAGAAACUAUGAAAUCGAGGUGCAUAACCUGAGAAGGGUAUAGAGGAAUGAUUCUUUGGGCCUUGUUUGUUUCUCGAGAAAAUCACAGAGCAGAAUGGAAAUGCAAAAUGCCCGAGGAAAAUGGUAGGUUUGGUGGUGCAUGUAAAUUCAACCGACACUUUCAUAUUUUAAUAAAGCUUAUUCUAUUA